AUGAUGGCUUUGACCAAAGCUUCGGACACCAUGUUGAAGCAGAUGCUGGCGGGACUGAAGGAGACAGAGGAGGAAGUGGAGGAUGGGCGCUUGACGCUGACCGCGGACCCCUUGCCCGGACGGCGGUUGUACGGCCUCUACCUUGAGCGCUCCCUGAAGGGCGAGGCGCCUGCUUCCGAUCCAGAUCACUUCGCCAGCAUUCUUGAGCUUUCGGAGGCCUAG